GGCCCGGGCCAGGCGUCGGAGCAGACGGGAGUUUCUCCUCGGGGUCGGAGCAGGAGGCACGCGGAGUGUGAGGCCACGCAUGAGCGGACGCUAACCCCCUCCCCAGCCGCAAAGAGUCUACAUGUCUAGGGUCUAGACAUGUUCAGCUUUGUGGACCUCCGGCUCCUGCUCCUCUUAGCGGCCACCGCCCUCCUGACGCACGGCCAAGAGGAAGGCCAAGUCGAGGGCCAAGACGAAGACAUCCCACCAAUCACCUGCGUACAGAACGGCCUCAGGUACCAUGACCGAGACGUGUGGAAACCCGAGCCCUGCCGGAUCUGCGUCUGCGACAACGGCAAGGUGUUGUGCGAUGACGUGAUCUGUGACGAGACCAAGAACUGCCCCGGCGCCGAAGUCCCCGAGGGCGAGUGCUGUCCCGUCUGCCCCGACGGCUCAGAAUCACCCACCGACCAAGAAACCACCGGCGUCGAGGGACCCAAGGGAGACACUGGCCCCCGAGGCCCAAGGGGACCCGCAGGCCCCCCUGGCCGAGAUGGCAUCCCUGGACAGCCUGGACUUCCCGGACCCCCCGGACCCCCCGGACCUCCCGGACCCCCUGGCCUCGGAGGAAACUUCGCUCCCCAGUUGUCUUAUGGCUAUGAUGAGAAAUCAACCGGAGGAAUUUCCGUGCCUGGUCCCAUGGGUCCCUCUGGUCCCCGUGGUCUCCCUGGCCCCCCUGGUGCACCUGGUCCUCAAGGCUUCCAAGGUCCCCCUGGUGAGCCUGGCGAGCCUGGAGCUUCAGGUCCCAUGGGUCCCCGAGGUCCCCCUGGCCCCCCUGGAAAGAACGGAGAUGAUGGGGAAGCUGGAAAACCUGGUCGUCCUGGUGAGCGUGGGCCUCCUGGGCCUCAGGGUGCUCGAGGAUUGCCCGGAACAGCUGGCCUCCCUGGAAUGAAGGGACACAGAGGUUUCAGUGGUUUGGAUGGUGCCAAGGGAGAUGCUGGUCCUGCUGGUCCCAAGGGUGAGCCUGGCAGCCCUGGUGAAAAUGGAGCUCCUGGUCAGAUGGGCCCCCGUGGUCUGCCUGGUGAGAGAGGUCGCCCUGGAGCCCCUGGCCCUGCUGGUGCUCGCGGAAAUGAUGGUGCUACUGGUGCUGCCGGACCCCCUGGUCCUACCGGCCCCGCUGGUCCUCCUGGCUUCCCUGGUGCUGUUGGUGCUAAGGGCGAAGCUGGUCCCCAAGGUCCCCGAGGCUCUGAAGGUCCCCAGGGUGUGCGUGGUGAGCCUGGCCCCCCUGGCCCUGCUGGUGCUGCUGGCCCUGCUGGAAACCCUGGUGCUGAUGGACAGCCUGGCGCUAAAGGUGCCAAUGGUGCUCCUGGUAUUGCUGGUGCUCCUGGCUUCCCUGGUGCCCGAGGCCCCUCUGGACCCCAGGGCCCCGGCGGCCCUCCCGGUCCCAAGGGUAACAGCGGUGAACCUGGUGCUCCUGGCAGCAAAGGAGACACUGGUGCUAAGGGAGAACCCGGCCCCGUUGGUGUUCAAGGACCUCCUGGCCCUGCUGGAGAGGAAGGAAAGCGAGGAGCUCGAGGUGAACCCGGACCCACUGGCCUGCCCGGACCCCCUGGCGAGCGUGGUGGACCUGGUAGCCGUGGUUUCCCUGGUGCAGAUGGUGUUGCUGGUCCCAAGGGUCCCGCUGGUGAACGUGGUUCUCCUGGCCCUGCUGGCCCCAAAGGAUCUCCUGGUGAAGCUGGUCGUCCCGGUGAAGCUGGUCUGCCUGGUGCCAAGGGUCUGACUGGAAGCCCUGGCAGCCCUGGUCCUGAUGGCAAAACUGGCCCCCCUGGUCCCGCCGGUCAAGAUGGUCGCCCCGGACCCCCAGGCCCCCCUGGUGCCCGUGGUCAGGCUGGUGUGAUGGGAUUCCCUGGACCUAAAGGUGCUGCUGGAGAGCCUGGCAAGGCUGGAGAGCGAGGUGUUCCCGGACCCCCUGGCGCUGUCGGUCCUGCUGGCAAAGAUGGAGAGGCUGGAGCUCAGGGACCCCCUGGCCCUGCUGGUCCCGCUGGUGAGAGAGGUGAACAAGGCCCUGCUGGCUCCCCCGGCUUCCAGGGUCUCCCUGGCCCCGCUGGUCCUCCCGGUGAAGCAGGCAAACCUGGUGAACAGGGUGUUCCUGGAGACCUUGGUGCCCCCGGCCCCUCUGGAGCAAGAGGCGAGAGAGGAUUCCCUGGCGAGCGUGGUGUGCAAGGUCCCCCUGGUCCUGCUGGUCCCCGAGGGGCCAAUGGUGCUCCCGGCAAUGAUGGUGCUAAGGGUGAUGCUGGUGCCCCUGGAGCUCCCGGUAGCCAGGGCGCCCCUGGCCUUCAGGGAAUGCCUGGUGAACGUGGUGCAGCUGGUCUUCCAGGGCCUAAGGGUGACAGAGGUGAUGCUGGUCCCAAAGGUGCUGAUGGCUCUCCUGGCAAAGAUGGCGUCCGUGGUCUGACUGGCCCCAUUGGUCCUCCUGGUCCUGCUGGUGCCCCUGGUGACAAGGGUGAAACUGGUCCCAGCGGCCCUGCUGGUCCCACUGGAGCUCGUGGUGCCCCCGGAGACCGUGGUGAGCCUGGUCCCCCCGGCCCUGCUGGCUUCGCUGGCCCCCCUGGUGCUGAUGGCCAACCCGGUGCUAAAGGCGAACCUGGUGAUGCUGGUGCUAAAGGCGAUGCUGGUCCCCCUGGCCCUGCCGGACCCGCUGGACCCCCUGGCCCCAUUGGUAAUGUUGGUGCUCCUGGACCCAAAGGUGCUCGUGGCAGCGCUGGUCCCCCUGGUGCUACUGGUUUCCCUGGUGCUGCUGGCCGAGUCGGUCCUCCUGGCCCCUCUGGAAAUGCUGGACCCCCUGGCCCUCCUGGUCCUGCUGGCAAAGAAGGUGGCAAAGGUCCCCGUGGUGAGACUGGCCCUGCUGGACGUCCUGGUGAAGUUGGUCCCCCUGGUCCCCCUGGCCCCGCUGGCGAGAAAGGAUCCCCUGGUGCUGAUGGGCCUGCUGGUGCUCCUGGUACUCCCGGGCCUCAAGGUAUUGCUGGACAGCGUGGCGUGGUCGGCCUGCCUGGUCAGAGAGGAGAAAGAGGCUUCCCUGGUCUUCCUGGCCCCUCUGGUGAACCUGGCAAACAAGGUCCCUCUGGAGCAAGUGGUGAACGUGGUCCCCCUGGUCCCAUGGGCCCCCCUGGAUUGGCCGGACCCCCUGGUGAAUCUGGACGUGAGGGAGCUCCUGGUGCCGAAGGUUCCCCUGGACGAGAUGGUUCUCCUGGCCCCAAGGGUGACCGUGGUGAGACUGGCCCCGCUGGACCUCCUGGUGCUCCUGGUGCUCCUGGUGCCCCUGGCCCCGUUGGCCCUGCUGGCAAGAGUGGUGAUCGUGGUGAGACUGGUCCUGCUGGUCCCGCUGGUCCUGUCGGCCCUGUUGGCGCCCGUGGCCCCGCUGGACCCCAAGGCCCCCGUGGUGACAAGGGUGAGACAGGCGAACAAGGCGACAGAGGCAUAAAGGGUCACCGUGGCUUCUCUGGCCUCCAGGGUCCCCCUGGCCCUCCUGGCUCUCCUGGCGAACAAGGUCCCUCUGGAGCCUCUGGUCCUGCUGGUCCCCGAGGUCCCCCUGGCUCGGCUGGUACUCCUGGCAAAGAUGGACUCAACGGCCUCCCUGGCCCCAUUGGGCCCCCUGGUCCUCGCGGUCGCACUGGUGAUGCUGGUCCUGUUGGUCCCCCCGGCCCUCCUGGCCCUCCCGGUCCCCCUGGUCCUCCCAGCGGUGGUUUCGACUUCAGCUUCCUGCCCCAGCCACCUCAAGAGAAGGCUCACGAUGGCGGCCGCUACUACCGGGCCGAUGAUGCCAAUGUGGUUCGUGACCGUGACCUCGAGGUGGACACCACCCUCAAGAGCCUGAGCCAGCAGAUCGAGAACAUCCGGAGCCCCGAGGGCAGCCGCAAGAACCCCGCCCGCACCUGCCGCGACCUCAAGAUGUGCCACUCUGACUGGAAGAGCGGAGAGUACUGGAUUGACCCCAACCAAGGCUGCAACCUGGAUGCCAUCAAAGUCUUCUGCAACAUGGAGACUGGUGAGACCUGCGUGUACCCCACUCAGCCCAGUGUGGCCCAGAAGAACUGGUACAUCAGCAAGAACCCCAAGGACAAGAGGCACGUCUGGUUCGGCGAGAGCAUGACCGACGGAUUCCAGUUCGAGUAUGGCGGCGAGGGCUCCGACCCUGCCGACGUGGCCAUCCAGCUGACCUUCCUGCGCCUGAUGUCCACCGAGGCCUCCCAGAACAUCACCUACCACUGCAAGAACAGCGUGGCCUACAUGGACCAGCAGACUGGCAACCUCAAGAAGGCCCUGCUCCUCCAGGGCUCCAACGAGAUCGAGAUCCGCGCCGAGGGCAACAGUCGCUUCACCUACAGCGUCACUGUCGAUGGCUGCACGAGUCACACCGGAGCCUGGGGCAAGACAGUGAUCGAAUACAAAACCACCAAGACCUCCCGCCUGCCCAUCAUCGAUGUGGCCCCCUUGGACGUUGGUGCCCCAGACCAGGAAUUCGGCUUCGACGUUGGCCCUGUCUGCUUCCUGUAAACUCCCUCCAUCCCAACCUGGCUCCCUCCCACCCAACCAACUUUCCCCCCAACCCGGAAACAGACAAGCAACCCAAACUGAACCCCUCAAAAGCCAAAAAAUGGGAGACAAUUUCACAUGGACUUUGGAAAAUAUUUUUUUUCCUUUGCAUUCAUCUCUCAAACUUAGUUUUUAUCUUUGACCAACCGAACAUGACCAAAAACCAAAAGUGCAUUCAACCUUACCAAAAAAAAAAAAAAAAGAAUAAAUAAAUAACUUUUUAAAAAAGGAAGCUUGGUCCACUUGCUUGAAGACCCAUGCGGGGGUAAGUCCCUUUCUGCCCGUUGGGCUUAUGAAACCCCAACGCUGCCCUUUCUGCUCCUUUCUCCACCCCCUCUUGGGGCCUCCCCUCCACUCCUUCCCAAAUCUGUCUCCCCAGAAGACACAGGAAACAAUGCAUUGUCUGCCCAGCAACCAAAGGCAAUGCUGAAACACCCAAGUGGUCCCCACCCUCAGCCCGCUCCUGCCCGCCCAGCACCCCCAGACCCUGGGGAGACCUGGGGUUCUCAGACUGCCAAAGAAGCCUUGCCAUCUGGCACUCCCAUGGCUCUUGCAACAUCUCCCCUUCGUUUUUGAGGGGGUCAUGCCGGGGGAGCCACCAGCCCCUCACUGGGUUCGGAGGAGAGUCAGGAAGGGCCACGACAAAGCAGAAACAUCGGAUUUGGGGAACGCGUCAAUCCCUCGUGCCGCAGGGCUGGGCGGGAGAGACUGUUCUGUUCCUUGUGUAACUGUGUUGCUGAAAGACUACCUCGUUCUUGUCUUGAUGUGUCACCGGGGCAACUGCCUGGGGGCGGGGAUGGGGGCAGGGUGGAAGCGGCUCCCCAUUUUAUACCAAAGGUGCUACAUCUAUGUGAUGGGGUGGGGAGGGAAUCACUGGUGCUAUAGAAAUUGAGAUGCCCCCCCAGGCCAGCAAAUGUUCCUUUUUGUUCAAAGUCUAUUUUUAUUCCUUGAUAUUUUUCUUUUUUUUUUUUUUUGUGGAUGGGGACUUGUGAAUUUUUCUAAAGGUGCUAUUUAACAUGGGAGGAGAGCGUGUGCGGCUCCAGCCCAGCCCGUUGCUCACUUUCCACCCUCUCUCUACCCGCUUCUGGCUUCUCAGGCCUCUGCUCUCUGACCGCUCUCCUCUGAAACCCUCCUCCACAGCUGCAGCCCAUCCUCCCGGCUCUCUCCUAGUCUGUCCUGCGUCCUCUCUCCCCGGGUUUCAGAGACAACUUCCCAAAGCACAAAGCAGUUUUUCCCCCUAGGGGUGGGAGGAAGCAAAAGACUCUGUACCUAUUUUGUAUGUGUAUAAUAAUUUGAGAUGUUUUUAAUUAUUUUGAUUGCUGGAAUAAAGCAUGUGGAAAUGACCCAAACAUAA